ACCCCGUCAGAGCAGCGCAUCAGCAUUCCUCGCGUCGUGACACGGCAAUCACCAGACGUGUGCCCUAUUUUGGAUCUUUAUCAAUUUAACUUCACAUCCAUAUCUCAAACAUCACCAUGAAAGCUGGUCUUCUUGUCGCGGCUUUGGCCGCUACCGCCACUGCGCAGCUCCACCGCCGUGGCCACCGACACGCGCGUCGUGAGAACCCCGUGGCCUACCACGAGGAGGUCCAGGUCGUGACCGAAACCGCAAAGCACGUUGUCUACGUUGACAGCAAUGGCAACCCCAUCGUCGAGCCAGCCAAGACUCCGGCUCCAGCUCCUCCAGCAUACCAGGCGCCACCAGCACCUCCAGCUUACCAGGCACCACCAGCUCCAGCUCCUCCAGCAUACCAGGCGCCACCAGCACCUCCAGCUUACCAGGCACCACCAGCUCCAGCUCCAGCCCCGGCUGCUCCAAAGCCAGAGGCACCAAAGGAGGCUCCAAAGCCUGCUGCACCCAAGCCAGAGGCUCCAAAGGACUACAAGCCAAGCUCCGGCGGUGGCCAGGGUAUCGUCUACUCUCCUUACAACAACGACAAGUCCUGCAAGAACCAGGAUCAGGUCAACGCCGACUUCGAGAAGCUCGGUGACUACAAGCUUGUUCGUAUCUACGGCUGUGACUGCGACCAGGUCAACACCGUGCACAAGGCUGCUACCGCCAAGGGCAUGAAGGUCUUCAUCGGUAUCUUCGACAUCAACCAGGUCCAGUCCGACGUCGAGAAGAUCGUUGCUGUCGCUAACGGCGAUUGGUCUUGGGUCGACACUGUCUCUGUCGGUAACGAGCUCGUCAACAAUGGUGCUGCUAGCGUCGAUGCUGUUGUUGGCGCCGUCAACGCUGCUCGUAGCCAACUCCGUGGCGCUGGGUACCAGGGCCCUGUCGUCAUCGUCGACACCUUCGUUGCCAUGAUUGCCAACCCAGCCAUCUGCGAAGCUUCCGACUACGCCGCCGCCAACUGCCACGCUUUCUUCGAUGGUGGCAAGACUGCUGACCAGGCCGCUGAUUUCGUUGCCGAACAAGCCGAGCGCGUCAAGCAGGCCUGCGGUGGUAAGAAGACCGUCAUCACCGAGACUGGCUGGCCAUGGAACGGCGCCACCAACGGUGCUGCUGUCCCAAGCAAGGAGAACCAGGCCAAGGUUAUCAACGGACUCAAGUCCAAGUUCUCCGAGAACAUCUACCUCUUCACUGCUUUCGAUGACCUCUGGAAGGACAACUUUGCUGGCUCUCACGGUGCCGAGUGCCACUGGGGUUUCAUCGAGCACUCUGCUUAAAUUGCUCGUGAUGAUUGAUUUCUCAAGCACUGCAUGAAGCAUCAGUAUGAAGCAUUUGAUGCGCAAGCCACACACACACACAGUCCCAGGAUACGAUAGAUGGGCACGAAGGGAGAUUUCUUGUACAAAUGUCCUUCUCUCUGAAGGGGGUCCUGUUCAAUACGGAAAAGACAUUUGCAUAGCACAGGAGGGUCUCAGCCAGGGCGUUUGUCGGGAAGAAUGAUUGUCUGUUUCGUAAGAGAAAAUGCCUCGAUUUUGAGAGGCCGGUAAAGAUGCAUCGGCAGCAUAGCCUGCUGUCGAUGAGCUUCAAAUGUGCAAGUUCUUGUUCUUACCAUCUCUACCAUGUCAUGGCACAAACUUG